CAAAUAAUGGCGACGAAGGAGGAGGUUACCGUAACAAGGUCUCAAAACAAAGCGAGGCUUGCCAUUUUGGAAAUAGCACACAUGAUGAGUGUCCCAAUGUCUCUCGUUGCCGUCAUCAAUAUGAAGGUUCCUGACACCAUAUGGCAAGGUGCUUCCAACACUCCCCUCUCCGCUUCACAGAUUCUUUCCCGCAUUCGCCCCCAUAGUGGCGGCGACGCGGAGAACCUCCAGCGCAUCCUCCGCUUGCUCACCAGUUAUGACAUUUUUGCCGAGCACUUGAGCAGCACUGGCGAAAGAAAAUACUUUCUCACUGACGUCGGCAAAACUCUUGUUGCCGAUAACGAAGGUCUAUCCUACGCGCACUAUGUGCUCCAACACCAUCAGGAUGCGUUGAUGCGAGCUUGGCCUUUGGUGGAGGAGGCAGUGGAGGAUCCAACGGUGGAGCCAUUCGUGAAGGUGAACGGAGAAUCAGCGUUAUCAUAUUACAUGAAGCAGCCAGAUAUAGUGGAUUUGUUUCAUAAGGCCUUAUAUGGGAUGUCCGUACCCUUCAUGAGGGAAAUGUUGGAGCUCUACGAUGGCUUCCAAGGAGUGAAGACACUAGUUGACGUUGGUGGCAAUUCUGGUGUGUCUCUCCGCAUGAUAAUGGAGAAAUACCCAAAUAUACUUAAGGGCAUCAACUAUGAUCUUCCCGAUAUGGUGGCUCUUGCACCACAGUUUCCAGGUAUAACCCAUGUCGGUGGAGAUGCGUUUGAAUCUGUCCCUCCCGGGGAUGCUAUCUUCAUCAAGUGGGUAUUUUUAGGAUGGACGGAUGAAGAAUGCAAGCAGGUCUUGGAGAAUUGUCAUAAGGCAAUUCCGGUGGACGGAAAAUUGAUUGUUUGCGAGCCGGUGGCGCCGGAGUUGACCGAUGAGAGUCAAAGAACAAGAGCAUUGCUUGGGGGUGACAUAUUCAUAAUGACAAUGUAUAAUACUAAGGGGAAGCACAGGACUGAACAACAAUUUAAAUACCUCGCCAUUUCUGCUGGUUUUUCUCAUUUCAGUGCCUUCUAUCUUGAUUCUUAUUUUGCUGUACUUGAGUUUCAGAAAUAAGUAGGCUUUAAUUUGAAGUAUGGUGAUAUGAACUGGGGAAAAAUAAUUAGGAACAGUACUGAGACACGUA